UGGAGCUCCAGUGACAGCAGCUGCAGCUGAACACCAAUCACAGAGCUCGCAGAUGGAAAAGCAAGUUGAGUGUGUGAGAGUGCGUGCGUGUGUGUGCAGGCAGAGCCGUGUCAGCUCCUCCACUGCUGCUGGAAACAACCAAACCCUUUCGCUUUUUUAAGCCGACUUUCAGCCUCCUCCGCAGCCGCGAACAUGCCCGCUGACGCGUCCUCGCACCGCGGCGAGCGCUUUUCGCGCUGGACAUGAGCGUGGAUUUGUUUUCCCGAGCAAGGAACUCAUGAAACACCUCAAUCAGAGCGACGGGUUUAUGGACUCGCGUAUUGAGUAUUAGCUAAUGAUGUCUAUGGGUUUCAUGCCUGACAGUCUGAAUGCGUCAGAUCCCUCCAAGUCGGCCUUCCUCGAGUUCGGCCACGGACACGCGGCUCACCAGCAGCACUCCCCCGGACUCUCUCACAUUUACCCCGUCCAUGGCUUGCACGCUGCCGGUCACUCCCAGCACGAAACUCCUUUCCCCGGCAGCUCGUCCUAUGGCCGCGCGCUGGGCUACGCCUACCCCGGCACGGUGAACGCUCACGCCGCGUCCGCGUACUUGCCUUACCAGCACAACAAUCACAGCAGCAACAGCAGCAGCAGCGGCGGCGGCGGCGGCGGCAGAUUAGAGCUGACAGAUCGCGAGAAGUCCACGGCGAGUGAGAGCAGAGAAAUUCGUCUCAAUGGCAAGGGGAAGAAAAUCCGGAAGCCCCGCACCAUCUACUCCAGCCUGCAGCUGCAGGCGCUGCACCAGCGCUUCCAGCAGACCCAGUACCUGGCCUUACCAGAGCGCGCAGACCUGGCGGCCAAACUGGGGCUCACCCAGACUCAGGUGAAAAUAUGGUUUCAGAAUAAACGCUCCAAGUAUAAAAAGAUCAUGAAGCACGGCAGCGGCUCAGAGGGCGAACACCUCCACAGCACCAGCUCCAUCUCCCCGUGCUCGCCGGGCCUGCCUCAGCUCUGGGAGGUGUCCAUGGCGAACAAAGGCGCCUCCAUGCACCCAAACACUUACAUGAACAGUUUUGGCCACUGGUAUCCGAACCACCAUGCUCACCAGGACGCGAUGCCCAGGCCUCAGAUGAUGUGAGUGGACAGUUUCUGCCCAGGCCUCCUCCUCCUCCUCCUCCUCGUGAACUCCAUUUAAACGUGUGUUUUAUAGGACGUGUCCUUGUCCACUGUGUUCCGUGUGAAUAAUGUCACUGCAGAAUAUUACCAGGCAUUAAAUGCUUCUCUCUCUCUCUGGGAUCAUCAUCA